AUGGACGAACUCCAUCCUGCGGAACUUUCAAAGAUCCUUCGAUUGCCUCUGAAAUCUACAGGCACUCUUCUCAAGGCCCUGGAAGAGAGCGGAGGCCAUGGUCCUCCGAGCACCCUCGAUCCGGAGCAUAUCCGCAGGAUCAUCGCAGCCAUCCUCUGGCAUCGCAAGUUCAUCCUCACGUACUACCUCGCAAUUGGCUCUAUCAUAGCCAUCUCAUGCUCAGUCACGUUAUAUCACAGAGCCAGACGAUGGCAUAGAAAGAGGCAGGCACAUAACGCGUCAAAUAUCCUCGCUACCUCGUCAUCAAGCACUUCCUCCUCCUCGAGCAGCACUCUUCACGAGGCGUCUAUAUUUCCUGCUACGAAGAACACCGAGACGACGCCAUUGCUCGCCUCCGAAAAAACUGUCCUUCGUCCUCGUCCUGCCUUCCUCAAUCGUCUCAAGGCAUGUCUGAUCUAUCAACCUCGUCCUAUCUAUGCUUUGACAUCCCGGGUAAACGUCUUGCCGGAUAAUGCUACAACAAUAUCAAUUCUCUUGUUCGCGGCUCUGAACUUGUUCUAUCUACUUUUCCGUGCUCCCCUGCAACUAGAAUGGAUAUUCAUCAUUGGAGACCGGGCAGGGCUCCUCUUCGUCGUCAAUCUGCCUGUACUCUACAUUCUGGCGGCGAAGACGAAUCAACCGAUCAAAUUUCUGACUGGCUGGUCUUAUGAGGGCCUCAAUUUGUUCCAUCGCCGGCUAGGCGAAUGGAUGAUCAUAUUUUCUGUGAUUCAUAUGUUCGGAAUGCUCACAGUUUGGUAUACUAUACUUCGUCCUUUGGGCUACACCAUUAUUAUCUACCUUACUUCUCCGACAGUCUACCUCGGUAUUGUGGCAAUUUUGUCUUACUUCGUCAUUUAUGCCACUAGUACAGGUUGGUUUCGUCAGUUGUAUUAUGAAGCGUUUCUCGGUUUGCACAUAGCUUUUCAAGCAGCUGCGCUUGUUUUUCUGUUCUUUCAUUAUCCCACAGCAAAGCCUUAUGUGGUCGCCACCUUCCUAGUGUGGGCGAUUGACAGGGUCUUUUGGCGGAGUACUCUGUCUAGCAGGAAAUUCAUUGCUACAUUGGAAGUGGCUCCAGAUGAGAAAACUGUACUAGUUCAUUGCGACAUUGAUUUACAGCAAAGGACUUUUGGUAUGCGAACAGGACUUCAUCAUGGCUGGCAACCUGGCCAGCAUCUUUUCUUAACAGUACCAAGCAUGGGCACGAAGCAUCGCUUCCAGACACACCCAUUCACUAUUGCUUCUCCUGCUCCCCCAGAAGAAGUGGGUAUAAAAUCAUGGCCACUGCAAUUGAUCAUUCGAUCAAUCGAUGGGUUCUCACUUGACCUGCUCAACUAUGCACGUCACCAUCAGCACUGUGAGGUAAUCCUAGAAGGCCCUCAUGGCGCAAUGCAUGCACCGGAAGCUGCAAAUCAUUCUGAUCGUGUAUGCUUUGUUGCUGGUGGAAGUGGAAUUGCUGUGACAUACCCCUUGGCUUGGCACCAUCAAAUCAAGAAGCAGAACCAACACAAUGCAGUGGUCAACCUGCGGACCGUCUACAAGGACGGAUCGAAACACACGCCAACAGUGCUUGAUUGUGGAUCUGUCUUUGACACCAGAAAAUUCUCCCACUUCUGGGUUCGCCAAGAUCCAAGACAUAAACGUUGGAUCUCCAUCGUCCCGAAGGCGAGUGCAUUCGGCUUUGACGGUCGGAAUGUGAGGCUUGAUAUGGAGUACACAGCCAAGGAGGAUAACCUUGAAGAGGUCACCAACUUGAUCACUCGAACGUACGACACAAGGCGCCCAGGACCAGACGGCGGAAGACCUGACAUGAAGAGCGAACUCUGGGAGUGGGUUACAUCUAUUGGUAUAUCAAGCUCUUCAUCUACAACAACCCUCGAUACGUCGACCCACACUCUGCUCGGAGAACAAGAAGAUGCUCCAACGAGCUCAUCGAGCUCAUCUUAUCACUCUCUCCCUCCCAAAAGCAUCAAAGACCGGAAGAGAGAAAAGAUAUGCGUCAUCGUCUCUGGACCUGACGGUCUUGUUCGCGAUAUCAGAAACAUGGUUUCUCAACUAGCCUGCGAAGGGUGGAAUAUCGAAGUUUGCGUGGAGAAAUUCGGGUGGUAG